UUAGUGAGUUCAAACAAACAAACUCUUCAGCUUUUUAUAUUAGUAAAGAAGUAAAGAAAAGAUAUAUGUCUUCAUCGUCGCAUCUUUUAAAUAAUCAAUAUUAGCUUCCACUCUCAAACUUUUGUCUACCUAAAUGUAAGAGGAUGUUUUUAAAACUUCUUAUCUCUAGGGAUAUUCCAAAAUAUCAUAAUGUUCGUCGUAAAUAAUAUAGUGUUUAUGAUUCAUCAAUGUCAACUUAUCAUAUAAAGAGUGUAGUCGUGCGAAAAAGCGUUUAAAACUAUUUUAUCUCAACCCUGUGGACGUAUGGGCGUCAAUAUAACAAAAAAAAUAGCACUUCAACAGUAAUACAAUUUAACUGUGAAAUAAAUGUUUCCGAUUAUAUUAUAAGUUUAUUUAUAAGGAGUCAUUAACAAUACUGAAAAAGAAGUGGAAGAAGAAGGAUAUUUCAAGAAUUUCUGAAUUGUUAAAAUGCGUGUCGAAUUACCUGAGUUUAAGCGAUGCAUCUGUUGUGUGCCUCUACGAUAUGGCUUGGUGUUUUGGGGAUAUUUUCGAUUUAUUCAAAUAAUCGCGUCCUUUUAUUCGAACGUAGAAACGAUACAACUAGCUACGGAAAAAGAAUAUACAAGCUUCCGGUUUAUCGUAACAUGCAUCACUAUCGCUUUGGAUUCAAUUGAUUUUGUAAUCAACAUAAUUUUUAUUAUUGGAGCUCAUAAGAAAAACGUGUUGCUGUUGAAAAUCUACUUUUAUUUUAGUUUCGGGGAGUUCAUCAUUUUUUGCCUGUUGGUCAUCGCGAUAGCAAUAUUCUUCAUGUAUAUUUACCAUAUUUUGAACAAGUACGGUUUGGGUCAUUUUAGUCCUUAUUCAACUUCUUGGAAACUUCUUACCAACCUUAUAAUGCUUACUGGAAUCAUACUUAUACAAGGAUAUAUCCUGCUAUUAGUAAGAAGCGAAAUAAAGAAACUCAGCAGCAACUGUCAAUUCAGAUUCGUGAACAACGCAGCUGAGAGUGACUGUAUGAUGCAGCUCGAGGAAGGAGUGGAGAACGGCGGAGAAGGAACUAAGAAGGGAGAAGUAGGAAUAGAGAGCGAAGAAGAAGUUAAAAAUGACUUGAUUGAACGAAACUGAUUAACUUUAGACUAUAGAUAGACUAUUGUUUAGCAGAGUUGUAUAAAUAAAUGUUAAGCUUCAGGUACCGAAAGUCGGGGUGACUAGAGAAAAAAUUGGUAUGAAUAUAAACACAUUAUUUCUGAACAUUGGACGGUUUACGGGGCAAAAUUAAAUUAUUAUAAUUAUGGGAAUCUCAAGUUUGGAAAAUAAAUUUUAUUUCAGCAGUUUUUUUAAUGUAAGACAUUAGUUUUUCAAUGUGCUCCCCGUUUGUACCCAGGUAUCGUGACUUCAAUAAUAUUUUUGCAAAAUUUAAUGUUUUUGUUUCAUUUCCCUUAAUUCCAAGGUUUCAAGGUAAAAUAAAUUAUUUCAAAAUCACAUUCUACUACUACUUCAAAGACUACAUUAAAAAUAUGAUCACAUAAAAAUGUUAAAUUGUUUUGCGAGUACAAUUUAUACAAGUAUAGAACAAGUUAGUGUAUAUUUUCAAUAUGUUGAUUUUGAUUGGAUUGUUAAACUGCUAAUGUGACGGCGCAGUUGCUCUAGGGGUUUGACGCUCGGGCUACUAGACCGGAGGUCGAUGUCCACAGGAAAAAUAUGUUUGUAAUACUUACGAUCAUUUGUUCUGUAUCUAGGUGUAAUUUAUCUAUAACUAGCAACCCGUUCCGCCUUCAAACUAUGUGAGACUGAUUCGUUACAGAAUUUCUUUAUAGACAACGUCCAGAUAUACAACUACCGCGAACCCACACGCUCAAUCCAAAGCGGAAGGAGUGAUUUCAUGACCCCCAUCCAAAAAACAAGAGAGCGUGUUUAAAAAAAAAAAAAAAACAAAAUUGAAAGUUGAUGAUUUUUCCACUGGUUUUAUCCGCUCCUGAGUCAUAGCGUAGUUCUAGGUACAUCUGACAAUUGUUAUCUGGAACAUCCUACGAAAAUACCGAUCAGUCAAUCCUCUGAUAAAACAAGCAAAAUAUUAUAAUUUACACGAUUUAGGCUUAACUUCACAAUAACUUUAUAGUCUUUCCAGUAUCCUGGUGACUGUCGUUGGGAACAAUUGUGUUUUGUAUAUUUAAUUUUUAAAUUUUUUUUUGUUUGUCUUUAUAACAUUGUGAACAAGCAAAAUUAGACCACUUAUAUUACGAAGAUUGUUAAAUAAUUGAUCGCAAUAAGUUACCGUCAAGAUGUGUUUAAAAUACUUUCAAACGAAUAAAUUGUGUUAUUGUUUACCACAGCGAUACGUAUUAUUUGUAUGGGGAUAUACAAUUCUGGUAUGUUUUACUUUAACAUUGCAAUUUACUAAAUCACUUCAAACACCUUUUGUUGAACAGCCUUUACAAUUUAUUCCUUGGAGAGUCUGGUUUGUCUCGGAACAAGUUAUCUCAUGUAUAACUUAGUCUUAUUUUAGACCAUACUUUACAUGUAAGUCCUGAUACCUGAGGGUGUAUCAUCACGUCAGCGCCAGUGUGACAAUGCAGCACAUUGCGUAGACCCUAAAAAAUGGUCUGUGAGGGUCCAUUUUUUGAUACUGUUGCAACUACACUAUACUUCUUUAAACAUUCAAGUCAAUAUUUAAGGCUAAUCAUUUUGCUCAUCAUUUUCAGAUCUUCAAUUUAAUAAAUCUGUUCAUCGUAAGCUUCUCUGGAUUUAUUGCGAUCAGUGACCAUGCUCUAACCAACAUUAGGAAUAUGGUGUACAUUCUACUGAUUUUAACUGAACUAGUUGUCAUGGUUCUGCUCAUCGCUGGAGCACAUACCGAAAACCUGCAGAUCUUGAAACUAUACCACCUGGGUUUCAUAGCAAUAUUUAUCCUGUUCGUAUUAUAUAACUUGGCCAUCGGUCUAUAUACAAGCUAUUGGCUGUAUCAAUAUCACCAGAAAAACGAGAAAAUCGUUUUAAACUAUUUCACCAUUUGGACGAACGCGUUUCCCGUGGCGAUUUUAUUUUUACAAGUUUGUACGUAUUCAUCAUGACAACUGAUAAAUUGUUCUUUACUUGUGGGUUCUCGCCUAUUCCUGUAUUGAAGUUUUGACAUUUGGCAGAAAUCACGUGUAGUUAGGUUAGGUUAGGUAAGAUUACUACCUCACUACGCGUUUGUUUCCAGGUGCCAACAAUUUCAUUCUAUUGUCGUCUUACAAGCCUAUUUUUCCUCUUUAUAAAUAACUGUAAUCCACAUUUAUUGCUUAUGGUUGCAAUAAAUAUAAUAAACAGAAUUUUAAAGUAGGCUUUUAAGUAAAGAAUAAUAUGAAGGACCAAAGAUAAUAUCAUAUUUUCCACCAAGUGCUGACUUAAGUUAGUGGCUCAAAACUACUGAGCUUGAUGAAAUUUUCUUGGGUCAAAGUUGGCACCAAAAAAAUAUAUCACGGAUCAAAAGCCCAAACCAAAAUCAUACUGAGUUAUGAAAAUCCUCUUUCGGGAAACAAUUAAAAAGGUAACGAUUAAACAAUUCCUCUUUUGGAUAAUAUAAAUACAGAAUUCUUAUUUCAAUUACAGAUAUGAACUCAUACGUCCUUCUACUGGUCAACAAUGAAAUAGAAAAUUUAAAACCUAAUACUGACGUCGAGUUAUCGAACGUAGGCUCUAGGUCUCCUCGUCGGCCAGAAGUUGCUGGAUACUCCGAAAACAGUAUACAACCUCCUUUUAAUGUAUAUGAUUACAAUCAUCAUAAUCGAAAGCUUUGAAUAAAGUAUUUUCAAAUUU